AUGAAGAUGAGCACAGUGGAAAGGCUGCACACUCUAAAUAACAUUAUUGUUGACAAUAUUGUUCAUAGUGGGAAGAAACCUCAAACAGUAACUUUAUCUUUUACACCAAGACUUCUCGUUUUUCAAAACUUUAAACCAAAUGAGAAAAUUACUGCAAAGUUUACUGUUAAAAAUAUAAGCAAGGCGCCGACUUACCUCAACAUGGUGUACAAAGAGUCAUCGUAUUUUCAUAUAAAGCCAAACGGAAGCAGUUUAUUGUCUAGUCCAUUUUCAGUAGAACCAAAAUCGGCGUAUUUGAAUCCCAAUGAAAAAAUAGACAUAAAGGUGAUUUUUAAGACCAUGAAACUUGGCGAAACACAAGGAAUAGUACAUGCAGAGUUUGAAACAGGAGAAAAGUUAAGAAUAAUGAUCUCAGGAUGUACACAUACUGUAAGCGUUGAAUUAGAAAAGCAAGUUGUACGAUUUCAAGACACUUACAAUACAAUGAUUCGUCAGCAAACAUUCAAGAUUAUGAAUAAAUCAAAUUAUCUGUUGACGUAUAUGUGCAUGAAAAAUGAUUGCGUUUAUUAUGAUUUUGAAGAUAAAGUGAAGUUAGCAACUAUGUGCUUUAACCUAAAAGAUAGCGAAUCUAUGAAAGCGACGAAAUUAGUGUACUACGAUGUUCUUAGUAGCGAUGAACAUGAAAGAGUUUAUUCCAGAAUAUUUUUUGACGAAGUUCACGCUCUGGUAGCUGAUGACACUUUGACAUUUAACAAUACUCAUUUUUCUAUCACACCAAUCAAAGGAAAACUUUGGCCCAAUAAAGCGACGGAACUCACAAUAACAUUUUCUCCGAAAGAAGUAGGAGAUUUUCAGGCAAUAGCAUAUUUAGAUAUUGAUGGUGUUAGUGACAGGGUACCCUUGAACAUGGUUGGCAUUUCUCUUCCACCAUCGAUUCACCUAAAUCUAGAAACGCUUGACAUGGAUUGCGUCUACAUUAAUAAAAAUUAUAACUACGAAAUUGUAGCUGUUAAUAAAGGACAUAUCAAUGGAGUCAUUGUAUAUAAGGAAGUAGCGACUCUGUUUGGGAGCCAUAUUACUUGCAGCCCUGAAUUACAUUGUUUGAGACCAGGAGAUAAAGAAAUUUUUAUAAUUUCAUUUUGUAACUCUAAUCAGGGCCCGUAUUUUGAAGAAAUCAAUUUUGUAAUUCGUGGUACGAGUGUCGUAUUAAAACUCUAUUUAAAGGGUGAAGUAAUAUAUCCUUCUUUGAUGUUUAGCGUGCCAUGUUUGGAUUUUGGAUUUGUGAGCUUAGGUGUUCCAAAAACUUUAGAAUUAGAGGUGAUUAAUGAAUCUAUAGUUCAAAUACGUGGUUCUGUAAAAAUAUCUUCUGAUGGUCCUGAAGUAAGUAGUAUCACACUGACAGACUAUGCUGUUACGGAUAAACCCAAACCCAAUAUUCCUCAAUGGCCUCGAGAAUUCUGUAUUGAACCAUGUAAAGUGGAAAUCGAACCGGAAUCUAGAGUUUCUUUAAAGAUCACCCUAACUGCUAAUCUUAUACGAGCUAAUCAGACAUCACUUGAACUCGAACUUGAGAAAUCGGACAGCCCGCCAAUAAUACUUCCUGUGACCUUCAAUGCCAUGGUGCCCGCAAUUACAGUAGCACCCGAAAUCAAUCUAAGAGCAUGUUUUAUAGAUUUCGCUUACAAGAGUGACGUAUAUGUGUCAUCUAAUGAAUUUUGGGGAUAUUUUACCUUGAUUGAACCAGAGGAAGAAUCGACCUUGGAAGUAGAUGUUGGUAUGAAAGAAGGUCUUAUCGAACCAAAUAGCACAAUAUGUUUGCCGGUUACAAUUAAAACAAGAGUCCUUGGACCACAAGAAUAUACUGUACGGCUGCACCUGUUUGGUUUAUCAAAACCUAUUGAUAUUUGUCAUAUCUCUGGAUGUGGAGUUCGUCCCAUAGUCACUUGUGCUCCUGUAGCUCUGCAUUGGGGCCAAAUCAAAUUACUUACUAAAUCGCAAAAAACCUUAACUCUCUGCAAUGAUUCGCCAGUCCAAGUCAACUUUAAGGCUUCUCUACUCAAUAAUGAUGGAAAAUGGCUAAUUCAACCAAGCGAAGGCUACAUAGAACCUGAAUCAGAAACAGAUCUACUACUGACGUUGUAUUUACUUGAUGCAGACAGCUAUACUAAUAAGGCAGUAUUGCAACUGGAAAAAGUAAAAGAUAUAUUAGUACCUUUAUCGGCUACUGGAGUUGGAACAAGCAUUGUAGUAGGAGAACAAAGAGAUAGAAUAUUUCUUGGUCGGCACUUUACUAAAAUACCAUUGAAUUGCAAAGUAAUUGUGGAAAACCGCGGAACUCGUUUACAUUCACUGGAAUGGAGUGAAUAUUACAAAGCACCAAAAAAUAAAACCCCAACUGCCAGCUUCUUUCAUUUAGAUCCGAAAGUUUUUAAAUUACAAGCAGGAGAAAAAAUGGAAUUGUCUAUAUCUGGCCUAUCAACCAAAGUUACAACCAUGAAAGAAAUGUGGUACUUAGUUGGAAGUGUAGAGGGAGUCAAUAAAAAAGAAUUAUUGAUGGAAUGCCAGGUUACAGCGGAGUUUGUGGAUCCCAAAAUUGAAGUCUCUUCUUCAGUUAUGGAGUUUCGAUAUGACUUUGGGCCUUAUAGUGAUUUUUAUAAAUUAACAGAUUAUUUAACCUUAAAGCCUGUCGAGCCCCUGAGAAAAGAACCUUUACACUUCUUCCAAGACAUCAAUAAAAUAAAAGCAGCUUUUAAUCUCACACAUGCUGUUGAAGAACGUCUAGAAGAUCAGGAAGUAAUGAAACUUCAGAUACUGUUCGAUACUACAAAACAUAUAUCGUUAAAAUCGAAAGUAUACUGCGACCUAAUGAGAUUGAAAUUUAAGGGUCAUAAGAAUAAGGAUGCAGUCAAACUUUUAGGAAAAAUCAACUUCCCAAAUAUAUUAGUUUUAACACCGCGAGUAGAUUUUCAAUGUUUAUUAAACGGAAGCAUUGAAAGUAGAACAAUAAAAAUACAAAAUAUGACUCCUUUAUUAGUUUGCUAUAGACUACAAUGGAAGAAAUGUUUGAUUACUAAAAAGCCAGGGUCUAAGUUAGAAGCAAAAAAGUCAUAUGAAACUACUACAACAGAUAUCAAAUCUCUUACAGAUAUAACAAAGACCACUGAUAGCAAAUUACGGGAAAUUUUAACAGAGAAUUUUUCCGAUGUUUUUAAAGAGGAGAAAGGAAAUAAAGGAUCAAUCAAGAGUGUCUUACCUUCUCUAAAUGACAGACUCGAUUUGGAGACUAGUAUAGAUGACUUUGAAGAAGAUUUAGAGUUCCAAAAAUUAAGGAUGAUACAAAAAAUUACCCCAAUGAUUGACUCCGAAAUCGAAAGUCUAUUUUCAUGGAUUCAUAAAAUUCCGAAACCGGAUAAACCCAAUAACAAUAGUAUAAAUGAAGUUCUGCAAUUAGUACCACAUCGAGGUUUGCUUAAGCCAAACGAAGUACAAUAUAUUCAUGUUAUAUUCCGACCAAAACAAAAUAUGAAUGUACGAGCAAUACUUGAAUGUGAAGUUUUAGGUGGGCCGUCAGAAACUGUUAUAGUUACGGGACAAAGUUCAGACCUUGUGUAUAAACUAAAUACACAAAAAUUGAACUUUAAAAUAAGAUCAUUUCACGAGGAUGCUUCAGAAGAAUUAUCUCUAUUAAAUGUUGCCCAGUUACCCUUUGAAUACAAAACAUUUUUAAAUGAACCUAAGUUUGUGAACGAACUCGAAGGAACCAUUCUCAACUUAGUGCCUCCCGAAAAAUUAAUAGAACCUGAGGAAAAAACACUCUUAAAAAUUGUAGUUCGUCCAGGCGUAGUUGGAUAUUUCAAAAGAAUAUUUUUGUUAGAAAUAGGACAUUUACCUCAUUUACCUAUAGAAAUAUUUGGAUGGGGUCAAAUUCCUCAAGUCUACAUAUCAUUGCAAAGACCUAAUAUGGUAGAUUUAAAUCUUGAAUAUGGUUACCUCGCAAUCGCUUCAUUGACAUCGGAAUAUCUGGAAGCAGUAAAUGAAUUUUUCAUAAAAGAUAAAUCUGAACAUUUGACCUCGCCGCUUAUUGAAAAAUGUUUCGAAGAUCCUGAUUUUCAGCAAGACUGGCAUAUAUGUUCAUCUUGGGACUCUUAUCCUUCAGUGAUGGAUAUAGAGUUAGCUGUGGAAAGGAUGUUGGUAAUCAAUCAUAUAAAACUUUGGCCGGAUAUUUUAACAGCCUAUUCAAAUUCAUCAAAAAUGGGACCGAUUCGUGGAUUUCAAACAAUUCCAUAUGUUAUCGAUUACGGCGUCGUGAUUACGGGAAGCACGGUGCAAUGUACAGCAGAUAUAGUAAAUUACGGCCCAAUACCAGCGAAGCUACAUUUAGCAAAGGGGUGUCAUAUUCCGACAUGGUUAGGUUUAAAAUUGUGUGGAAGAAUAAUGCCCGGUGAAGCAGGAAAACUCGAAGUAACAUUUGCUCCGACAUCCGCUGAUUUUACAGAACUAGAGCAGAAUCUUGAAACUGGUUUCAACUUGGAGGUACCAUACGGAGUCACUAUUCCUAUCCAAAUCAAAGCACUCUGCGCAGUGCCUUAUUUGACAUCUAACGUAUCAUCCAUAAAUUUUGGUUCAGUGAGGUGUGGUGAUAAAAUAGUAUGUUCCAUACCACUUAAAAAUGUAGGUAAACCAACAUGUAUAUGGUAUGUUACGCUUCGUUUGAAAAUUGCUGGUGCGAAUCCAAUGAUGGUUUUGGAAAGCUCAGGGAAAUAUGAACCGGAUGAAGGCGGCUGGCUUAGUGUAGCUUUUAAGCCAACUAUGGAAAUGAUCUAUGAUGGCUUGCUAAUAUUUAGAUUUCACAUGAAUCCGAACAGAAUGACAAUACCAGUAACUGGACAGGGUAUAUUGCCACAAGUGCAUAUUAUUGGUCCCAAUGUUAACUUCCCACCAACACUUCCGUGGGCUGAUACUACUGACAUGUACUUUGGAUUUACUAAUCCCUGCCCUUUUCCGAUAGAGCUCAUAAUAGCACAUCAUGAUUCGAAUUGGAAAGAAGAAGAAGAAAUAUAUCAAUUAUUGUACAGAUAUUAUAACAAACCCGAGGAAAUGUUAAUACCAGCCGUGAAGCCGGGUGACGAUUUGCCAUCUGAAAUAUUAAACUUUUAUAAAAAUUUCAAAGAACACGUAAAAAAGAAUAUGGAGGAUCAAGCCGCCACACUCAAGGUAGCAAAUGCCAAACUGUCACCUACUACUGCGAAAAAAGCCACCAAAGCUUCAGCAAAAGCAACUGCAAAGUCUGCUGUGGUAAAAGAAUCUUCACCCAGAAAGUUCAGGACUGAAGCCGAGAUUAUAGCAGAUGAAAUAAAAAGGUUGAAAGAGGAAGGCGUUGAUCCAAUGAAGGAGUGUUUACAUUUAUUUGAUCAAUUAUCAACUGUGAGUGACACAGAUAAAAAUUCUAAAGGAAUUAUUAUUUUUAUGCAUGGCUCUCCUUGCGAAGAAAUACAUUGCCAAGAAAUGGCUUACUCAGUCGGUAAGAAACUAAAUAUACCUACAAUCAACGUCGAUCUCUGUAUAGUAGAAGCUCUAUGUGUGAGUGGCUGUCCUGCUAAACUCAUAUUAAUGUCGGCUAUUGACGAAAUGUAUCAUAUGUCUCGAAAAGCAGGAGCAAGAGGAGAUUCAGACAUAAAGGAAGAGGAACCGGAAGGUCCAUAUUUUUAUUCUUGUUGUAACAGUAUAAAUCGUACAAAUAAUAAUAAUCUGUUUUCUUUUUUGUUAAUGGUCAUAGAACUGUUUGCUGAAACGGAAGACGAAUUUGAAAUAAUUUGGAAAAAAAUUGAGUUCUUAGCGAACAACAAAAAUGUAGCAACGCCACGAUCGAAAGCUGGUGACAGAAAGAAAAAGAAAUCGUCCAAUUCAUCGCUUACCUCACAUACAGCGUUAGGGGCACUCGGGUCGACUACUAUGUUUCACAUGGACUUAGUAACAGAAUUACUAACUGAUUUUUUUAGUCUACCUAAAUUUAAUCGUGGAUUUGUGGUAGAUUCUCUAACAAGUAUAAUGCUAAAGAAUGCAUCUCUAACACUCACUACUGUCCUUAAAUGUAAGCACAAUAUAAGGAACAUACAUCUCGUACUAUGUCACUCAGAUUUUUAUAAAUGGGCUCAAACUUAUGAAGAUCUUCAGCGUGACAAUGAUUUGAUUGACGAGAACGUUUCUAAAGUUUAUGAUGAAACAGAAAUACAAAAUAUCAUCAAAUCUUUUCAAGACAUGAAUGAAGAGGAGUAUGAAAACUCACCGGCGGAAUUAAAAUCUAUAUAUGUAACUCUCGGCUUGGAGUCGAGAAGAAAAAAGCUCUGGGAAAAGAAAGGGUACAUUGCUGACUUACAAAAGAAAGAAAAAACUUCUGGAAAAGAACGCAGUAGAUCAAUGCUGACUAUUGGUGCUUCUGAUUCAAAGAAAAAAUUGAAAAAAGAUGAUAAUAAAGGGAAGCCUUCAAAUGAGUAUGUAAUUAUGAAUGCAAAAUAUAACGAUUACAUAAAGAAUACCUAUGAAAACCUUAUCAAUAUUGCCAAUAAUUGGAUCAUAGAAGAGUGUGAUGUAGGAAAUCCACUUUUGGGUUUCAACGGUCAAAUUUUAGGCACAGCUCAAAAAAAAGCUAAAAAGAAAUCAGAGCUUCAGUUACAUCAGAUAUCGGAAGUGAGCUUUACAGAAAGAGGAUUUCCUUUGACAUUGAUAAUGUGUCCAUGUUUACAAUAUAAAACCGCUUUGGUGAACAUGCUAUUCAGCACGCCAGUAGUUUACGAAGCUUUAAGACGAGCACCGGAAGACGAUAUUUUAAAACAUUCAGUGGACAGGAAAGAGUUUACAGUACUACUUCCAAAAGUUUAUCCUUCGAUACAUUAUGAGGAACCUUUGAAGUGGCGUUACUUGGACGAGUUACCGAUUAAAAAAUGUGAAUGUAAUCCACUCACCAAUCUUAACUUACUAGACGACUCUACGCAAGAUAAUGUGUUGCAUAUUUUAUCUAAAUGGCACUGCACGUGUGGGAAAAAGGUAACUUCUUCACAAACAUCUACAAGUGAGAUACCAUCGGCUUCUAUGGAGAAGUACAUACACGAAGAAGAAUUUGAGCCGGAGUUCUAUCCACCACCAUUGCCGCUGAGAAGUGUUAAUACAGUUACUGGUCACUCAAACCGGCUAGUUUUGCAACCGGGUGACCUUGUGAGGUGUAAGUACUCCUUCAAUCCUCAAACCGAGGGCACUUUCAGCCUCAAGCGAUACGUUGAGGUCAGUGGUUGGCCAGAAUCACGACUUUGCAUUAACAUCAACGGGAUUUGUGAUGUGCCAAGACUUGAUAGCCGACCUAAAAAGAUGUUUGAAAACUUUGUGAGAAGAACGUUAGAGGAUAAUGUUUAUAAAGUAACAUAUUUAGAUGAUCAGAAAGUGUUUGAAUUUGGACCGAUAUUUAUUGGAAACAACAGGGUAUAUGAAGAGCAAUAUAUAAUCGAUUUGCGAAAUGCAUCACUAAUAACAGCUGAUGUUGAAAUUGAAUUUCUAGAAGAAACUACAGUGUUCGAGAUCGAUAAAACCUAUAUAAAACUUGAACCUGGAAGUAGAGGAAAGGUAACAAUAUCCGCAGCCCCGGCCACAGUGGGUGUACACAACGUGACCUUGCUAUUCUGCGUUAAAGACAACCCGGAGAUAGUUUCAGUCAACAUCGCCUGUAGUGGAGUUCUGCCGGUUCUGGAGAUUCUUCCACUCACUAAGUCUAUAGAAUAUGGUAAGCUGUUGCUGUAUAGAAGAGAAGAUGACAGAUUUAUUGUGAAGAAUGAUUCAAUAUUACCAGUGCUAUGGAAAAUACGAAAUUCAGCAGAUUUCGUAGAAGACUUCAUUAUAGCUCAAACAUCAGGCAUUGUACUGCGACACGAUAAUCAAGUUGUUCCUGUUACUUAUAUCGCUUGUACAGUUGGAGUAAUCUCGAAUAAACCUCUUAUCAUAGAUAUUUACGAUUCAGAAGGUAGAGGAGAACCGAUGGUAAUAGACACAUUAUACUUAUCUGCAGAAUGUUACGAUGUUAUGGUCGAAUGUGCUUACGAAAACCCAAAUGAGAGUUUAUUAAAUUAUGGCAAUGUUAAAGUUAAUUCCACUGUUAUAAGAGAAAUGUAUUUAUUGAAUAGGGGUAAAUACAAUAUAUACUACAAAUUAAAAAAGGUGAAAAACUUCCCGGAGCCAACUCUCCUGCGUUCGUUUGAAGCGAGCCCAGAAUGUGGCAUGCUUCCGUCUUCCUUAAAACUUGCUACUAUAGAGUUUGAGUGUACUCCGACUUCAUCGAUGAAUCUCGUCAAUGUACCGGCAUAUAUCUGCUCUUUACUAGAUGGAAGCAAAGACCAAGUGGUUGUGGCUAAGUUUCCUGUUUAUGUUACAAUCGCCAGUUUCUAUAAUACGUUUACCCUUUUUCCCCUGGGCGAGCUAAAUUUUCAUGUCAUAGCAGUUGGAAGUGGAGUUAUGCGAGAAGUUAUACUAAACAAUACGAGCAAGUGUCCUGUCACCUACGAAAUUGUUUUGCCACAGCAAUACCAACCGGACCCACACGCUCCAAUUCAAGCAAAAGUUAAAGACAAUAAAAUAAAACAUCCUCCGUUACGAUGUGGUAACUUUUUGAUAAACAAUGAUGACAACCUACUUGCUCCCGGCACUAGUAGAACAAUUAACAUCCAGUUCAUGGCUACUGCUGCCAGAAAAUUCGAAGAGACUAUAAAGUUUAUAAUAAGCGACACAUGUCCUGCCGAAGCUCAAGGUGUCCCGCUCAGGCUCGUUGGAACUGGGGCGAUGCCUACUUUAGACUUUUGGAAUUUAGAAACAACAUUUAGAGAGCAUCUUAUUGUGAAAAGUUUAUCAGAAUACAAAGUACCUGAGGCUUCCCCUCAUUGCGUUUUUGUGGAGGACUCUGUUACGCUACAUUUCUUUUGUGUGACUGUUAAUACUAGUCUCACAGGCGUCAUAGAUUUAUAUAAUAACGGUUUAGUCGCUUGUGCACUUAAAAUGAAAUUGCAUUAUCAGUCUAACUCCAAUCAAGACAUAUUUUCAUUGGACAAGUACGAAACACAUAUAGAGCCUUUGUUACAUAAAUCACUAGGAAUCAUAUUUACUCCAAAAGCUCUACAGGAAUACAGGGCAGUUCUGGAGAUAAAAUUAAAGCUACUUGAUAAUCAAGAACAAUCGUUUAAAAUAUGUUUGAUCGGAGAAGGCGAAAUACCGAGAAUACAAGUGAUAUCACCAGCACUUAAACAUCACAGAAUGGCUGUAUUGCGUUUCCCAGUUACUUGCUUGGGUACUGUCAAUCACAAAACUAUUAGAAUAAAAAAUAUAUGUUCUGUCAAAAGUAGAGUCGCUGCUGAAAUAUCGAUACCGAUGUAUGAAGAAAGACCUGUGUUUUGGCUGACGACAAAUCUUGAUGACAUUAUUUUGCAAGGCAACAAUGAUAAAAUUAAUUUGAAAAUGAAACUUAUAAUAAUACCGAACGAAACUAUAACGCUAAUCGUAAAUUAUAAUCCUAUUCGGAAAGGCAGAGCAAGUUGCGACGUGAUGAUCACGAUCGUAGACAACCCUUACGAAUACUAUACGAUAUUUUGUGAGGCCGAAGCUUUUAUGGAAGAUGUUAUUUUACUUGGCCUUGAAAUGCUUUCUAUGGAAACGGAUUUAGAAGCGUAUAGGACUUCUAAUGAAGGAACAUUGUCAACUGUAUCUACAGUGGAUACCAGAAAGAAAAGCAAAAGUGCCACAUUGGAUAAAGUUGAAAGGAAAAGGUCAAUAAGACCAACAGAUCUCAAAAAGUAUAAAAUUGGUUCAGUUAAGCACAGCGAAUCGGGCAGCGUCGAAAUGUCUCUUUUAAAAUAUGUACUGGACUUAGGCGGCUGUGAAUUAUCGUCUAUUCAGAGAAGGACUAUUAUUAUGGUUAAUAAUUCUGAAAAAGUAUAUAAAUUUGAAUGGGCAGAAGUGGAUAAAUUAGUUGUCAAGCCCUCAAUGGGAUACAUUUCACCUGCAGAAGAAAAAGAUUUGGAAAUUGUUUUCUUUUCUACAGAACCUGUAUUUUUGAAGAAAAAACUCCUGAAUUGUACAUUGACGGCAAUAAGUGACGAUUCGUUAACUAUAGAUUUAAAAGGUGCUACAUGGGAUAACAGGCAAAUAAUCACAAUCUUUGGACACAAUAAGGAAGUUCUAAUUAAUGAAAGGUACGAGACCAUUAUUGAUGAACAACCGAUUCCAUGUUCACAAGAUCAUUUGGGAAUCAUCUAUAUGGUUAUUGUUUAUUCUGCUAUGACAGAAUAUACUAAAUAUACAUGCACAUUACCAGACGAAAAAUUUUUGUUGGAUACUUUCAUUUAUCAAACCCGAAAAUUCGAAUUUAAGCUACAAAAUGUUGGCUCUGUACCCCUAAAAGUUACAUGGAGUUUUGCUAUCGACGAUGAAUAUCCGGCAAGGCUAGACAAAUACUGUAAAAAGAAUCAGCACGCUGUGGAAUCGGGUGUUGACUCUUUAGAGGCCCAAAAUACAAAUAAUUCAAUUAAAGAAGGAUCGUGGGUUGACAUGCCAGUAACAGACGAAAGAGAAGAAGAUGUGCCAAGCAAAGUGACUUUAUUCAGUGGAAGUUUGGAAAGAAACAGCGUGGACACAUGGUUCGAAAUGGAUUUGCCGUUCGAGAUAAAACCUGAGAAAGAUUGUUUGAAACCAAAUGAAAAUCGGGUAUUUACAGUAACUUUUUCACCGCUAGAAGCAUUUGAUUUUAAAGUGAGGCUGAAGAGUGUUAUAGAUAACUUGGAUCCAUACGAUAUGAAUGUAAAUUGCAAAAUAACGGCAAAGUCUCUUAUCCCGUACGUUCACCUGGACAUAGAAGAAAGCGAUUAUCUUACAUCAGGACGUAGGAAAAUUACUGGAGUUGCAUUGCCGCCACAUAUAACUGUGUUAGAAUUCGAUGUUUUAGGGUCUGGAUGCUAUAAAAAGACGUUCAGUGUUAUAAAUCCUACGAGUGAAGCCUACGAAUUUAUAUUCGAGAUGGUUUUGUCCGAGAAGCCAGAACUUAUACCCGUUCAUUGCAAUAUGUUAAAAGGUUACGUGGAAGGUGGUACAUCCACAGACGUGACUUUUACGUUUUCACCGACCGCUCCUGGGGUUUAUGAAUCACAAUGGAAAUUUGUUAUACCUGUCUACAACCUCGUUAUGAAUUUAUUGGUGGUGGGUUUAGUACGAGAGCCCGAAGUGUUGUUUGUUCCAACUAUCCUCAUAAUCCGGAAUUCUCUGGUGGGAUUUACCAGAACACAUAUAGUAAAAUUAAAGAAUAAUGAGAGUGAAGGUUUAAAAUUUGAAUUCAAAGGAAAUUCAUUGUGCAAUGAGUCUGGUAAAACGCCAGUUAUUGUUGAGCCGGAGUAUGGAACAUUGAGACCUCUCUCAGAAACGCCAAUCAAAAUAAUCUACACUCCAAUUGAAGAUGGCCCGUUAUCGUUCAAAAUAUUCUGCAGUAUUACAUAUAUGACAAAAUACCUAACCCUUUGUGUUAAUGUACUAAGCUUCGCAAUAAAACCUAAAGUAACGUAUGACAUAAUUGGGAACGAGCAUUUGCUUAGCAGUGACGCUGUUACUAAUAUUCAUUUGGAUCAGACUGCUUCAACGUACCAGAGGACUAUACCUUUUACCAUAAAAAAUGACGGAUCGGCGACAUUCUUCUUUGAUUGGCACUACAAUAUUAAUGCUGUGAAGAAGUACCUGCAGGUCUGCGUUGACCCUAAGAGUGGGCACGUUACACCCGGUAAAGAAAUCGAGUGCAUACUAUAUUUCACGCUGAAGAAAGUGCCAGUGCAAUCCUUUCCGCUCACGCUAACCAUUUCAGAUGGCCCAGAAUAUAGCAUUUACUUACACGCAGAAAUCGAAAAACCAGCGUAUCAUUUCUCUUGCAUGGAUUAUGACUUCCAGAAAUGUAUCGUUAAUGCCCCUGAUACUACAUACAAAAAGAACCUGGCUUUUGUCAAUGACGACAAAGUACCUAUUAUCCUCAAUCUUAAUUUUACAAAUGUUCCUGAAUUAUUUGUCGAUUAUGGUGAAGCAGUUAAUAUUGAGCCUAAAAAACGGCUGAAAAUUCCUAUUUUCUUUAGACCGAAACAAGUGAAAAAAUAUGAAUUCAAGUUGCAAUUUUGGGUAAAUUCAUUAUGCGAAGAAAUUGUCACUAUUAAAGGAGAAGGCGUUCCAUUGCUCUACGAUUUAUUUGAAGGAUGUCAGAAGAGUUUCGAUUUAGGAGCAGUCAAAGUAGGCGAAAAGAUAAUUCAUCAGAUAGAAGUGAUGAAUCAUAGCAAAGUUCCAAUUGACGCUAGUUUCAUAUUCAGAGAUAUGUAUCCCGUUGUCGAAGAUACAACUAAUUCAGAAGCGACAAGCGUAUGUCUUAGUCCCAGUGCUGCUAAUAUUAUUAGUGCUACAAACACUGCUUCUGGUGGUCCUUCAAGAGUCCAAAUGCUUCAGUCUUUUAAAGACGACAAAGUUCGAGAGCAAAUUGCAAUGGACAUCCAGAACGCUUUAUCAUCACUAAAAGUCAUACCAAAUAAGUGCAAAAUAAAACCAUACAGAAAAGUGCCUUUGAAAAUACAAUUCAAACCUGUCGGUAUGAUAAGUACACUAAAUGUUCAGUUGAAUAUGAAGGUUUUCGAGUUUGAGAGACCUUUAGUCCGUCUGAGUGGCAGUGCUACUGGUAUGAGCCUUUGCUUCAGUCAAAACUCGUUGCAGUUCGGUCGCGUGCGCAAGCGAGGAUGCAAGAUACUAAAAGUCAUGUUACAAAACAAGGGUGACUUUGGUGCAAGAUUUUGGUGGCAACCGCUGAUAUCAAACGAGUUUACAAUAUCACCUUUACAAGGAAAUAUUGCCGCUCACACAAACGUUACAUUUACAAUAACAUUCAGGCCCGUCAAUCACAAUCCAUUCAUCAAAGUAUGGGCGAGCUGUAAUAUUGAAAAUUAUACAUCUUUGGAAAUAGCUAUGUAUGCUACUUGUGUGGACAUAGGCAACAUCCAGAAUAAAACGAUGUAUUUAGAGUGCCCAGUGCGAGAGGUGCAGACGGAUCACGUUGUUGUAACGAAUCCGUCGGAUGAUAUGUGGUUGGUGCUAAGUGAAGUUUCAGGAGGACCUUUUGAAACAUUGAAAGAAUUCCACAUCGAACCCAACUCUACUUUUAAUAUUCCAAUACAUUUCAAGCCCAAAACGAUAGGCAAACACGAGUGUCAAGUAUUGUUUUCACCACUUGGCGAGAGUGCACUUUUUAUAUCAUUGAUCGGAGCGGCGUUACAUCCCAAUCCAAACGGCAAUAUCGCCAUCACAGUUGCUGCUAAGGACAGCUACGUACAAGAGCUACUUGUUUACAAUAUAACAGAGUUCCCAGAAUCUUACGCGGUGUCUACGGAAACAGUAAAGGUGCUACCAGACAAGUUUGAGGGCUAUUUUGAAAUCAAACAUCCUGAUACAAUCAAAGUGUGGGGAGAAGCCGCUGCAACUUGUCGAUGGACAUUUGUCUGCUACGAAGAAUGCGAAAUGCAGCUUAAAGUAAUGUUUAUAAAUGAAAAUACACACGAGUACCAGUUCUACAACAUCACCGCUACGGUAUCAAAGAGCCCUAUCGUGGAUACAUUGACAUUCGUCUCAAAGGCGCGGGAAUCAGUUCAAAAGGAGUUAGUGGUAACCAAUCCAUUAGCAGAAGAGGCGAGCUUUGCCAUUCGAUGUGAAAAGCUAGACUGCCCUGAUUUGCUCAAGAUUAGCAGAAAUUCUGAGGCUGUUGUCACAUUACUAUAUUCUCCGUUGGUAGUGGGAGACGUGGAUGAUUAUUUGGAAGUGUCUAACCCCCUCGUGGGCACGUAUGUGUACAAAGUUGUUCUCAAAUGUUUGCCGGCAAAAGCUAAGGAUCUCGAAUACACUACGGCAAUCGGCUCACGCAUGCCUCUGCGGCUAAGAGUUCAUAAUAAAACUGACGUCAAAACGGAGUUUAUAACAUCGGUUUCCCAUCCGAGCAUUCAAUGUGAGAAAGUGUACACAUUGGGACCCUAUGAAAAAGGCAAACUCCUAGUCAUGUUUGAGCCAACAGAAAUUGGUGUUCAACAUUGUAAGCUGUCUUUCGAUUCGCCUGUGGCAGGAGAAUUCGUGUUCAACAUAAAAGGGAAAGCUACUAGCCCAAAACCCCAAGGUCCUUUUGAAAUUAAAGCCAGUAGUUAUACUACGAUCACUUUUAAGAAUGUAUUUGACAAUGUAAGAACCUUCAGAGCGACUGUCGACCGAGAAGAUUUCUAUGUGAAAUUUGUUAAUGAGCCCAUCAAACCGAAGAAGGAUAUUAAAGUGAAUGUGUACCUGAAUGAUAGAAAUGCCCAAGCAUGGACAGUGGCGCCAACCGGCUGCCUCACGAUCGAAUGCUACGACCCACCGGAGCCCAAGGUCCACUGGACUUAUUUCCUACAAGGCAUUCCCUGA